AGCAAAACCCCAAAGAGGGCGAGGGGUGAGUGCGAUGGAAGAAAGAGGGAGACGGGGAGGGCAUUUUCUCUUUAAACAGAAGCCCGUCCUGGUCUCGUCACUCAGGGGCCGGGCGUAACUUCUCUUAGGACUAACUGACUUUAAAAGAAAUCGGCUUGGUUAAAGAGAGGCCAGUCGGACGGGCAGGCAGAGGGGCCAGGAUAGGAAAGCCGCCGGAGUCCAGCCAGACAACCACCAUGGAGGAUAAGGAAUGUCAGGAACCAUGGGGGGCUUUGGAAGCCAAGGGCAGCGGGAUGGAGACGGGUGAGACUCCGAAACUCGAGUCAGCUAUCCAAACUGUGGUGGACUAUUACAACAUAUACUCCAGCAAAGAAUUCCUCCUGUUCGGAAAAGUGGGGAUCAGAAAGUCGAACUUCAAAAAGAUGCUCGAAAGGGAUUUGAGCCACAUCUUGACGAACACCGACAACAAGGAGGAGGUGGAAAAACUGUUCAAGGACCUGGAUCGCGAUGGGGACGGGGUGAUCGAUUUCGACAAAUAUUGGGAUCUGAUCGGGAACAUUGCAAAGCCCAUCGCCCGCGAUAAACAAUAAUAGGUGGAAAUUAAAGGCGGCCGCUGAACCCAAGGAAAAUAAUCCACUGUAAUGACCCCAAAGCCCUCGGGCGUCAUUUCUAUCCCCCUAAAUUCCGUGCAUUUUGGAGCCGCUAGUCUUAAGAAUACCCCACGUGGAGCAGGGGAAAUUCGGGGCAGGGGAGCCUCAGAAAUUAAGGGAGCUGUCAAACUGUGAUUUAUACUGCAAUAAAGCUUGGUGCCUCAAAACCCAGAAUUGCUUCUACUUUCUUUGUGAACUCUUUCUCCUCCAACAAGCUUCCGGUCCUCAUCGAGGACGGACGAGGCCAACUGUUGUCUCUCUGCAACAAAACGCAUCUCGUCCCCCGACAUACAACGUC